AUGUCGACUACAACAGUAACAUAUACAGCCAACAAAUACUCGAACGACCAAGUACGAGUACUCGGCAUUGAUGAAUACAAAUCAGCUGCACGAACAUUAGCGGAUGCAUUCUUCAAGGACGACGUAGCUUUCUACUGCCUCGAGACACCCGAUAAUGGCGGCAUGACCCGUGAGGAGCUCUACCCACUACAUCUGGAAAUUCUUGAGUACAUUGUUGCGGCUCAUUGCUACAACGGUCUGGUAUUGGGCAUUGGUGAGCACAACGAGGGAAUCGCACUAUGGAUGCCACCGGGAAAAAACAUGGAUGACUGGUUCACAAUCUUCCGCAGCGGCAUGUGGAGGCUGUACUGGAAGUUGACAAAGGAGGGAAAGAAGCGGUACUUUGAGGAGUUUCUUGAGGUUCUGCACCAGACCAAAGUAAAUGCUAUGGGUGAUCAGGACAAAGAUGCAUGGUACCUAGUUUACCUCGGCGUCACUCCGGAUGCGAGAGGAAGAGGCUACGCGAGAAAGCUCAUCGAGUUUGUCACAAGAAAGUGUGAUCUCGAAGGUGGUGCGCCAUGCUAUCUUGAGAGCAGUCAUAUCAACAACGUACCAAUGUACCAGCGAUUCGGAUUCGUCAAGAAGAGCCAAGUCGUUCUCGGACCAAAUUGCGGCAAGCCCGUCCCUCUCGAUAUCAUGAUUCGACCGAAGAUGAAACUAGUCGGCGAGAAGCUCGUACCAGUACCUAUCACCUCAUCCAUCACUGCGUCCACAGGUGGCCGUCGUCUUGUCGACUAG